CGAAACUGAAAGAGAGUGAGUGAGAGAAAAUAGAGAGAGAGAGAGAGAGAAGUGACCAAACUAGAAACAGAGACGCAGUCUGUGUGUGCGUAUCUGUGUGUGAAAGGGUGUGUGUGUGUGGGUGCGUGUGGGAGAGGAGGAGGGGGAGAGAGGGUCGAAACCCCAGAUGCUCUAACCCAUUUUUCUCUCUCUACUUUCUUGUUCUGAAACACGGCAAUCUAUCUGAUCGAAGCCUCUCAUUCUCAGUUCUACGUUCAGAAACUCUCAGGUUCCUGUGUAAUUAGCUUCCUUUCUGGCUGGUCUUGUCCGCUUGGUCCGUACGAUGGAGCGGUACGGCCGGACCAGUGAAGGGUCGCAGUCUGAUCCGUCACCGGAAUGGACCGGAACGGGAGGCGAAACAGGGCUCGAAGAGCCAGUGUGGCAAUUGGAAUUGGGUGGCGGUGAAUCGUACCCGCAACGGCCCGAUGAGGCUGAUUGUAUAUACUAUUUGAGGACUGGUUAUUGUGGGUACGGCUCGCGAUGUCGGUUCAAUCAUCCCCGAGACCGUGGCGCGGUUAUUGGAGCUGCGAGGACUCUAGGGGAGUACCCAGAACGACUAGGCCAGCCUGUAUGCCAGUAUUAUAUGAGGACAGGAUCUUGCAAAUUUGGCCCGUCCUGCAAGUAUCAUCAUCCUAGGCAGGGAGGAGGCACUGGUAGCCCUGUGUCACUAAAUUAUUAUGGAUUUCCAUUGCGACCGGGUGAGAAAGAGUGUUCCUAUUAUGUGAAAACGGGACAAUGCAAGUUUGGUGCAACUUGUAAAUUCCACCAUCCGCAGCCUGAUGGUAUGCAAAUUCCAGCACAAACACCAGUUCCUCCGGUUUCACCUCUACCUGUACCAGUACCUUCACCCUUGUAUCCAACUGUACAGCCUCCAUCCGGCCCUUCAUCAUCACAAUAUGGUGUAAUGGUUGCAACUCCAAGGCCACCUCUGCUACCUGGCUCAUUGGUCCAUAGUCCCUAUGGGCAUGUGGUUUGGUCCCCAGCUGUAGUCCCUUUUCCAGGUUGGAGUCAUUAUCAGCCUCCUGCAAGCCCCUUGGUUCCCUCAAGUACUCCAUCUAAUGUUGGUUCGGCACAGCAUUAUGGGAUAGCCCAGCUACCUUCACCAGCAUCAACUUAUACCGGACAGUAUCAACCUUCAGGCUCCUCAAUUGGUCCUUCAGGCAGUGGUCACAAGGAACACUCGUUUCCACAAAGACCUGGUCAGCCAGAAUGUCAAUAUUAUAUGAGAACGGGGGAGUGUAGAUUUGGCCCAUCGUGUAGAUAUCACCAUCCACCUGAAUUAGUUGCUCCAAAAACAAAUGUGGUCCUUAGUCCUGUGGGCCUUCCUUUGCGCCCGGGCGCACCUCCUUGCACUCAUUAUGCACAGCGUGGGGUGUGUAAAUUUGGCCCAGCAUGCAAAUUUGAUCAUCCUAUUGGAGCACUGAGUUAUAGUCCAUCUGCUUCCUCCCUAGCUGAUAUGCCGGUUGCACCCUAUCCUGUGGGCUCUUCAAUUGGCACUCUUGCUCCUUCAUCUUCAUCAUCAGAAUUGCGGCCUGAACUCACCUCAGGAUCUGGCAAGGAGUCUGCAUCAUCCAGAAUAUCUUCAUCAAUGAGCACAUCAACGGCAUCAGUUGGCUUGACCUUGUCAUCUGUUGGAUCCAUUAAUCAAUCAACUGCUCAACAAUCUGCUCAGAGUUCCAGUCCUUCAGCAAUCCCCAAUAGCAGCACAAGCAGCUCCGUCCUUCACACCUCUAGUUAAGCAAUGUGAAUGCAUACCUCAUUAUAACUCCUUUUUAUCUCAAUUCUUCAACUGGACCAACAUUAUUUAAACAAGUCCUGAAAUAGGUUUUCUUUUUGAGUUAUUCCAGUUCCUCAUUCAGUUCUAGGCACACGUCAGCGUCAAUUAUCUUUGUGUCACAUAAUCUUUUCACGGCCAUCUCUUUGAUCUUUUGAAUAAAACCAUGGCCAACCUGGAGAUUUUAGCAACCCCAUACAGCCACCUUUCUUCUGAAUAACUUUUAAAAGAAUCUGCAAGCCCAUUAUGCAUGUCCAUCCAAAUCUCCAACUUUUUUGGAGUUUGUUGUACUUAUUUAUGCUCUGGUCUUUUUCAAUAUUAAGAAGAUUCUGGCCCACAGUUUCAUUGACCAUGUGUUUACGUCUCUUCACCGAAGCCCUUCUCUCCUCCAAGUACCAAUCCUUUUUGAUUCUGGGAACAAUUUUCCGAUGUAUUUGGAAGCUCCUAUUCACUACUGUUCCCAACCUUUUGACUGGGGUUUACUGUGAAGAGAAGUAAUCAGGAGACUAAAAUGAGGCUUCACAUUGCUUAUCUUUCAUAUGAAUUUUUAGAUACACAAAAUGUUGUGACAAGUGAAAUGCUUGACUUGGUACUUAAAUUUAUUACAAAAAUACAUAUAUGAAGCAACAUUUGAACCAAAACGUUGGAAUGUGUAAUAAUUUUUUGUCUCCCCUUUCUCAGUCUACUUGAUCAAAUCUUUUGUGAGAUCAGGUAAUUUUCUGGUGGGAAAUUUCUUCUUUCUUUUCUGCCCCUUGUGACUGGAAUACUUGGAUAUGUUUAUUGUAAGAUGAUCAUAUUUCAAAAUAGACACCACAUAUGUUUCAGUUAAAACAGGCACAGCAUAA